CAUUACAAACCCCAUCCCUCCCCCACAUCUUCUCUCUCUCCCCUCCUCUGAAUUUUCUACUUUCGCCAUUUCUGCUCUCUCUCUCUCUCUCUCUACACAAAAGCUCCAAAAUUUGCUAUCGAACUCUCUCCGAUCCUCAGACAGUAUCGUUUGCCGCCUUCUUCCCUCGAACUUCCCUGCCCUCGCACUCUCUGAGCAUGCACUGUUCUAGGGUUCCGAUGAAUCCUUAAGUUCCGCGGUGGAUUCGUUGACUUUGUGGGUUCCGGAUAAGGAUGGAGCAAUCGGUGUUGGACGGCAUCAUCAGUCGCCUAUUGGAGGUCCGGAACCGUCCGGGCAAGCAGGUUCAGCUGUCGGAAUCGGAGAUCCGGCAGCUCUGCGUGGUCUCCAAGGAGAUUUUCUUGCGGCAGCCCAAUCUUUUGGAGCUCGAAGCUCCCCUUAAGAUAUGCGGUGACAUUCAUGGUCAAUACUCUGAUCUGUUGAGGCUUUUCGAAUAUGGUGGAUUCCCUCCUAAGGCCAAUUACUUAUUUUUGGGGGAUUAUGUCGACCGAGGCAAACAGAGUCUGGAAACGAUAUGUCUACUCCUUGCAUAUAAAAUAAAAUACCCCGAGAACUUCUUUCUCUUGAGAGGGAACCAUGAGUGUGCUUCCAUAAAUCGUAUCUACGGAUUUUACGACGAGUGUAAGAGGAGAUUUAAUGUGCGGUUAUGGAAGACUUUCACUGAUUGCUUUAACUGCCUCCCAGUGGCUGCCUUGAUUGAUGAGAAGAUUCUAUGCAUGCAUGGUGGUCUUUCUCCUGACCUACAAAAAUUGGAUCAAAUUAGGAAUAUGCAACGUCCCACUGAUGUGCCAGACACAGGAUUGCUCUGCGAUCUUCUAUGGUCAGAUCCUAGCAGGGCUGUACAAGGCUGGGGAAUGAACGACAGAGGAGUUUCUUACACUUUUGGUGCGGAUAAGGUGUCGGAGUUCCUUCAGAAGUUUGAUUUGGAUCUUAUUUGCCGAGCCCAUCAGGUUGUCGAGGAUGGAUAUGAGUUCUUUGCUAAUAGGCAGUUAGUGACGAUAUUUUCAGCGCCUAAUUACUGUGGGGAGUUUGAUAAUGCUGGUGCAAUGAUGAGUGUGGAUGAAACCCUAAUGUGCUCCUUCCAAAUUCUAAAGCCGGCAGAUAAGAAGCCAAAGUAUAACUCUGGGGACACAAGUACUGCAAACCUUGGAAAUCCUUCAAGUGGAGUUAAGCCUGCAGAUAAGAAGCCAAAGUACAACUUUGGUGACAUGAGUACUGCCAAGUCCGGGAGUCCUUCAACAGGAGUUAUGUCUCUCAUCGGUGCAAAAUUUUGAGAAGUAGCAUGGAAGAGAGACUCGGCAUCAAGUAUCCCAGGGUGGCACGCAGAAGGAAGGACAAGUUAAAAACUUCUCAAAGAGGGAGGCCGAGGUGAUUUUUAGAUUUCCCGCCGGAUUAAAAAGAAUGCAGGAAAUUGUAAAAGAAAAUAUUUGGGGGUGAAAAAUGAUUCGGAAACUUAUGAAAGAAGAAGAGAUUGUCUGCCUUCAUAUAAUGCCUCGGAUUUAAGUGUAUAGAAGGCUGUUAACUCCUCCAUUUGCUGCAUGUACACUAAAACUGCUCGGUUAGCUGGUAAUUAUCAGAUUGUUGCUGUACAUGUCCAUUGUACAGUCCCUUUUCCGUGUGAGACUGCAGUGAGAACUCGAAUUUCUUGUGGUUGCACAGGGGUUAGCUUAGGGAUUGGUCGCAGAAAUGGAGAAGCUUUGUUCGUGUUCUCUUCUGUGAAGCGUCAAUUUGAUUGUU